AGCCCUUGCAGGGAGCCCAGGCCGCAGUUGGCUAUGAGCACCCCGGUCAUCCCCCGGGAUCUGCAGCUGCCUCUGAGUCAGAGAGCCCAGGCUUCCUUCAAAGAGCAAAGAAGAGAAAAAUUUAAGGAACAUCUGUUAAAACGAAAAUCACUUUUGACAUACAAACAGGAAAAUCAGAUUUCCAGUAAUAGAGUGAUGACAUCUGAAGCCCAGGUCCAAGAAUGGACAAAACUUCUGAAACUUAAAACAAAAAUGGCAGAUAAAGAAAAUAUCAGAAGAUAUUCAGAAAGCACAAACGCAAUGAUGGAAAAGAACUGUAUUCCCUUAAAGCCUGCUAAUGAAUCAACCAAUUCUACUACAGCAAUUGAAACACAUAAUUUUGAGGAUGAUAAUCAAACUCUGCAGUUCUUACCAAUUACAAAUGAUUCCCUAUAUCAAAAUAUGACACUAAGCCAGGCAUUUCACCUUAAAAAUAAUGAUAAAAAGAAACAGAUAACUGCAGAAAAACCAAAGCAAGAUGCUAACGUGUCCAAGAAAUCUGUACUAGGAUGUUAUCGUGGCCACAUUGUUCAGUCUAAAGUUAAUUCAUUCAGAAAACCUCUACAAGUCAAAGAUGAGAGUUCUGCAACAACAAAGAAACUUUCAACUGCUCUUUCUAAAGGCACAAAGCCUAAGUCUGUGAACUCCAGCAGUGUAACAUUAAAAAGUGAUAGAGCCUCAAAUAUGACCACUACCACUACAUUUAUGAGCACUACAUCUCAGAACACACAACUUGCAUGGCCUCCCAUUAGAAGCCACAAUAACAUCCAGAACAGGGUAAAACAAGACAUCAGUAGAACCUCUGCCAAUGUCACUGUCCGAAAAAAGCCUCCUGAAAAAGGACUAUUAAAAUCAAAAACAGUUCUACCUUGUGUCAACACCACUUCUCAGUACAUAAAAAGAUGUAAGGCAUUAUCCCAAAACAUAGCAUCUGAACCUGUAGCCAGACCAGUUUCAUUUACUACUACUAAACCGACAGAAAAGUCAAAAACCUUUGACCAACAAAGACAUACUAUAGCAAAAACUACUGUGGAUAGAACUGCUCAGCCCAAGGAAACUGCAGAAGAGAGAAAAGCUCAUCUGAGUGAGUGGAAAGCCAGCAAAGGAAGAGUGCUGAGAAGGCCUCCUAACUCAGUCGUUACCCAGUGUGAGCCAGAGAGACAAAAUGAAAAUCCAGUUAGGUCCUUGUGGAUCACCAUGGCAGAAGAGGAUGAACAAAGAUUAUUUACUGACAAAGUCAACAAGACAUUUUCUGAAUGCCUGAACCUGAUCAAUAAAGGAUGCCCAAUAGAAGAAAUAAUGACCACACUGAAUGAUCUGAUUAAAAAUAUUCCAAAUGCUAAAAAACUUGUUAAAUAUUGGAUAUGUCUUAUAUGA